AUGGGGCAAGUGUGCCUCACUCUGCGCAAUGCCACGCGCCUGGACGACGCUCUCGCGGGGGACUGGUCGGACUGGACGACCAACCCGCACCUGAACGCCAACUACACAGUUCAGGGCCCACUGGGCCACGGGGCGUUCGCGGAGGUCCUCAAGGCGGUCGCGAAAAAGGGACAGCCAUCAGGCCUCAAGCCCGGGGACCCCGUGGCGAUCAAAGUGCUCCAUAAGAAGCGGCCUGGACUCACCCACAAGCUCCUCGACAUCCUCAAGCGCGAAGCCGCGCUCCUCGAGAAGCUCUCCGGGAGCACGGGCAUCCCGCACGUCCACGAGGUGUGGGAGGACCACACGCACCUCUUCAUGGCGCAGGACCUGCUCGAGGGCGGGGAGCUCUUCGACCACCUCGUCAAGAUCGACCGGUACACCGAGAUGACGGCCGCGCACAUCUUCCGGGACAUCGUCAAGGCCAUCAAGUCGCUGCACGACAAGGGCAUCGUGCACCGCGACAUCAAGCCGGAGAACAUUCUCUUCACGUCAAAGAUCAGCGAUCGCUGCUGCGUGUCGAGCACGCAGGGCCCGCACGCGAACGGCGCGAGGGACGGGGCGAACGGGGCGAGCGGCGGGCACGGCGCCAACGGCGCGGGGGCGCCCCCCCGCACGCGCGAGGGCCUCGAGGCGCCGUACUGCUUCAACGACGCGGGCGAGCCCGUGAAGCCGAAGCUGAUCGACCUGGGGAUGGCCGAGGUGCUCGAUCCGAAGGAGCGCACGAAGGGCGUGUGCGGGUCCGCGGGGUUCAUCGCCCCGGAGACGCUGUUGGGGGAGCCGCACGACCUGCCGAUGGACAUGUACGGCGCAGGCGUGGUGCUCUUCAUGAUGCUGACGGGGAGCGUGCCGUACGGGAACAAGGUCUCGCACGACCUGACGUACGCCGAGGUGCCCAUCGCGGAGGCGCAGAACGUCCGGGCGCCCGAGUUCCAGGACCUGUCGCCCGAGGCGCAAAACAUCCUCUUGGCCCUGCUCGAGAACGACCCGGCCAAGCGCCUGACGGCCAACCAGGCGCUGCAGCACCCGUGGCUACUCCAGGCCGCGAACAAGGCCUCCCUCGCCAGGGCGGGCGGCGAGAACAUCGAGCUGCUGUUGGAUGCGCGCGCGAGGAUGGCGUUCCGCACCACGAGCUUGCGGCGCCACCACGGGCGCGACGCAUGCAUCAACAUCGACAUCGACGCCGCGGGGGAGCAGGAGGCGGCCGCUACGAGCAUUUCCGGGCUGUCGGGGCGGGCGUCGCAGAAGGACGGCAUUGCGUCGCUGGGCGGCGCGAGCGGCACUCGCGAGCUGUGGUCGCGCCACGGGAAGGAGAUCCAAAUCAUGCGCACGGAGAGCAAGCGACGCGUCAAGCUGAUGAAGCAGAAGCAGGACGCAAGCGGCGAGUCCAUGCACGGCGGGCUGGCCAGCAAGACGGAACCGGGGUCACCGAAGCGGGCGCAGUCCCCCACCUGA